GAUUUAAUCUUGAAACAAAGAAUUGCCAUCUCAGCAUUUUGUUAAAGUCUAUAACAUCAGCUGACACUCUUUGCUAUUCUUCCAAUUGGACCGAGUCAGGAAAUAAACACAUAAUGGAUUCGUUUCUAGUGGUUCUGAUUCUUUGUUUUCUGACACAAGGAUCCUACGGCUCCAGAAGAAGCAGAAGUGAGAUUCUUCAAGAUGUCCUCAGCAGGUGUAGCCCUUUAAACAUCCCCAUUGAAGAUGACCAGCCAGUCAAAGUGUCAUUCGAGUAUUCCCUGCAGAGAAUUUUCCGAGCAGACGUGGAAAACGAUGAGGUUGACAUUGGUUUGUGGACGACCUUGGUCUGGAAGGACAGAUGUCUCAACUGGUUUAAUGAAUUCACUUCUUUCAAAGAGUUGACUGUGCCAAUUGCAGAAAUCUGGACACCAGACAUAUUCCUUUUUGACUCAGUUGGCGCCCCGGAAAUAUUUUCAGAUAAACUAGCAAGAGUCAGCCAAGAUGGUACAGUAACUUACGUACCCCAGCUUAAAGUUCGCCUCUCGUGUCCCCUGGCCGACCUGAAGCUUGAAACGGGCGUCACUUGCAGCCUUAAGUCCGGAUCCUGGACGCACAGUACUCAAGAGCUGACCUUGGAGGUUAACGCGAAGGUAGAUCUGGGAGACUACGCUUCGGAUACAAGAUUUCAGCUGCUGAAUGCUACCCAACAGGUCAACAGGAAACAGUACCCCUGCUGCCCAGAGACGUAUGACGAUGCAACGCUUUACUUUACGUUUAGAAAACCAUAAAAAAAAAAAGAUAAAAUAAAUAAAAUAUCACAAAUAUCAGAAUCGAAUUCGUUGUAAAACGUAUCAAAAUAAAGUUAACCCUUUAAAUGAAACCAUGA